CGUCAUAAUGCGUCUUCCGGUAUAGUUCCUGUUGUGAUUACAGAAACGUUGAAAGGUUGAAAAUAGGUAGAUAGCUGCAACAUUUUUGUCGAUGGGGUAAUUUUUCUUCACUUAUACAACUGCUACAGGAAUAACAUUCAACUUAUAAUUGCCUGUCGCAUGACUCUGCACACGUGUCGACAUGGACAACCGUUGUUAUUGUUGUGCAUCAAAGUUCAGCCUCUUCAAGAAGGAGCUGGGCUGUAAGAGCUGCGGCCGCUCCUUCUGCUCCAGCUGUUUGACUUUCAGUGCUGUGGUGCCUCGCUGUGGCAACACCCAGCAGAAGGUCUGCAAACAGUGCCAUGGUAAUCUGACAAGUGGAGAAUCUUCAAACAAUGCUGGUAAAUGGUCUCCUCCUGAAAAUUACAAAAAACGGGUCGCUGCACUUGAGGCCAAACAGCAGGGACAGCAGGCCCAGCCUCUUGCACAAGGAGGCAACAGAAACAGUAAAGCAGGCCAUGUACCAACCAAAGGCCUGAGUAAAGAAGAUCAGGCUAUUGCUGAAAGACUUAGAAGGCUGAAGGAGGACACUACACCAAAGUCUGUCCCCUCUGAUAAGGAGCUGGAGUCUCGCCUUGCUGCUCUCAAAGCUCCCAGCCAGCCAGUGCCUUCUUUAGGAGAGAUGGAGGACCGUCUGGCAGUUCUGCGGGGUCAGAAUCCACCAUCUCAAGCUCCUCCACCUAUGCACCGUCCUCCAGAUAACAGGACUCAGACUGAACAAGCCAAUGAUCUGAUUACUCAGAUGACAGAGGAAGCUGCCAUAGACGACCAGCAAUCAAAUCCUGAAUGCAGUGUAGAUGGCCGUAUGAAUGACCUGAACAAGGGGGAGGGGGGAACAUUGGAUGAGAAUUUGGAGGAGAACCAGGAGGCAGACAAGCAGCUGGAGGUUGAGAAGGCCCGUAUCCUUGAGGAGGCCAUGGAGGAGCUGAGGAAGGAGUGCCAUUCUCAGGAUCAGAUCCUGCACAUGGCCAAAAGGAUGGCGCAGCUGAAAGGGCAAGACCCAGACAAAGUUACAAUGGAAGACUUCCAGCAUCCUGACAGUGAGGAGGAAACUGAGGAAGAAGCUGUGAAGAGAGUGUUAAAACAGCUCUCUGAAGAGGCUGCACUGGAUGAGGCCAGUGGCUACAACAUACCUUUAGAGCACAGUGGACCAAAGAACACAGAAAUGAAGAAAACUUCCAAGAAACCGACGCAGGCUCCAGCACCAAAGAGUAGGACUUCACCAGCUGCUGUUGCACAUCAGCCAUCAGACAGCGACGAUGAAGAGCUUCCAUGGUGCUGCAUCUGCAACCACGAUGCCAUUAUUCGCUGUCACACAUGUGAUGGAGACCUUUACUGCAACCGCUGCUUCAGGGAAGGACAUGAUAAAUUUGACAGGAAGGAGCAUCGCACCAGUAACUACACUGCGCCAAAGAAGAAGAGGAAGACAUGAUAGUGAGACUGUGCUGCUGUAGGCGUUCGCCUUAUCAGGCCCUGGUCAGUCAUCACUGUUAGAUUUGUGCUUUAGAUUUAAGUGACCUAUUACUGAAUACAAUGUCUCAGAAGAUUUAAACACUACCUAUUAUCUAAAAGAAGCCAGAACCUUUCAUUUUAACCCCAUCUUAUUUCAUCCAAUCCGUCUAAAGUGGCUGUUAACAUGCAUCUGUAGACCACAGUGAGAGCAUUAUCUUGUGUAUGUAAUUGCUAACAAGGAUCUAAAUGAACUGCAAAAAACAAUAAUUAAUUUAUGGCAAAGCAAAGCCUAGAAGUACACGUACACUUUAAUGUAGGAGCCUGAGAUUUUCUCUUAAUUCUCUGUUAAGAGAACAAUUAAGAUGCACCAAAUCAUUCAAAUCUGCUUGUAUUCAAGUGUGCUGAGCGAUGAUUCCAACUUCAUCAUAACUUGUUAAUUAUUAUAGUUAAUGAAUCCUAAACUAUAUCACAAAAAAGACUGCAAGAAGAAGAAGUGCUUCAGCAGCAAUGAAUUUGAUGAAAAGAAUUUGUUGACUGAAAACAAG